CUUCAAGCCCUGUCUUCUUCUCUGUUUUACCUUCCUCAACUUCUCUAACUCUUCUCUCUCUAUCUCUAUAGGACUCUCUGUCUAUACCCACCAAACCAAUACCAAUACCAAUACCAAAAUGGGUUCAACUGUUGAGACUCAGAUGACCCCAACCCAAGUAUCAGAUGAAGAAGCCAACCUGUUUGCCAUGCAGUUAGCCAGCGCCUCUGUUCUGCCCAUGGUGCUUAAGGCAGCCAUAGAGCUUGACCUCUUGGAGAUCAUGGCUAAAGCUGGACCUGGUGUUUUCCUUUCCCCCGCAGACAUAGCUUCUCAGCUCCCAACCAAGAACCCAGAUGCACCUGUCAUGCUUGACCGCAUGUUGCGCCUCCUGGCCAGCUACUCUAUUCUCACCUACUCUCUGCGCACCCUGGCUGAUGGUAAAGUUGAGAGGCUCUAUGGUCUUGGCCCUGUCUGCAAGUUCUUGACCAAGAAUGAAGAUGGUGUCUCUAUUGCCCCUCUCUGUCUCAUGAAUCAGGACAAGGUCCUUGUUGAGAGCUGGUAUCACUUGAAAGACGCAGUUCUUGAAGGUGGCAUUCCAUUCAACAAGGCCUAUGGAAUGACUGCUUUUGAAUAUCAUGGCACUGACCCCAGAUUCAACAAGGUCUUCAACAGGGGAAUGGCUGACCACUCUACCAUCACCAUGAAGAAAAUCCUUGAGACAUACAAAGGGUUUGAGGGCCUCACAUCAGUCGUGGAUGUCGGUGGCGGGACGGGGGCUGUCCUUAACAUGAUCGUCUCCAAGUACCCCUCGAUCAAGGGCAUCAACUUCGACUUGCCUCAUGUCAUUGAAGAUGCUCCUCAAUAUCCUGGUGUGGAGCAUGUUGGGGGAGACAUGUUUGUAAGUGUUCCAAAAGGAGAUGCAAUUUUCAUGAAGUGGAUAUGUCAUGAUUGGAGUGAUGAGCAUUGCUUGAAAUUUUUGAAGAACUGCUAUGCUGCACUUCCAGACAACGGGAAGGUGAUUCUUGGUGAGUGCAUUCUUCCAGUAGCCCCAGACAGUAGCCUUGCAACUAAGGGAGUUGUUCAUAUCGAUGUGAUCAUGUUGGCUCACAACCCUGGGGGAAAAGAGAGGACAGAGCAGGAGUUUCAGGCCUUGGCCAAGGGAGCUGGAUUCCAAGGCUUUAACGUCGCGUGCUCUGCCUUCAACACCUAUGUCAUAGAAUUCCUUAAGAAGAAUUGAGUGCUUAACGGGCUUGGUAUGCUGUCAUCUGCAUACAUAUUGCUUUGGUUUUUGACAUGGUGAUCAGAUCAGAUCCCAUGCGGAGUUUACAUUACACCAUAUGUAGAUUUUAAUUGCACAAAAAGUAAUAAGAAGUGUUUCCAUGUUGCUUGCUUGUA